GAAGAAAGUACCCGUAUGAAAACGCGGACGCGCAUCACAGCAGUAACAAUGCUGCAGAGAAACUGUUUAGGAACUUCAUAUAGUGCGCACAAUGUGUUAUUAAGGGUUUAUAUCGCUACGUUUCUGAUCGGUUAUGCAAAACCGGGACUCUGUCAUGAAUAUAAAGUUGAAGUAAGUCCAGAAAGAUGCAUAAUUUGGGGACCGGGUUUGGAUCCGCGGGUUGUGGUUCCUGUCCGCUAUUUUUACAUUCAGGCGGUGAAUCAAGACGGACAAAACAUCACUGUGUCCCCGGAUACAGAUUCAUUCCAGGUGAGAGUGAGCGCUGUCUCGGUACAGGAGCGAGUCCGUGUUCAUGUUCCUGCUCCUCUGGACCGGAACGACGGCUCCUUCCUCGUGAGAUUCCGGCUUUACUCCAGCGCGGUUAGCGGCCUGAAGGUGGAGGUGUUUCACAAGCACAAACCUGUGGCUCAAUCUCCAUACACCCUGACAGGAGCAGUGUAUCAUGAGGACUGCGAUUGUCCCGAUGAGGACGCGGAGGCAUGGUUGAGUGUGAUGAAGUGUCCGAGUGAAGAUCCUCAGAUCAAGCAGGAUUUCAGCGCUUUUCCCUCCAUUGAGCUGCAGCAAGUGAGACAGGAAGUUCCCUUGCGCUUCUCUAACAGGGGCGUCAUUCACUACACCAUCAUCAGCAACCAGCUGCACCGCCGUGCACUCGGGAAAUACACCGACUUCAAGAUGUUCUCCGACGAGAUGCUGCUUUCACUUAUGCGCAAAGUCCGUGUGCCCGACGUCGAGUUCUUCAUUAACGUCGGUGACUGGCCCUUAGAGACGCGCAAAGUUUCCGACGUUCCCAGACCACUUCCCAUUAUCUCAUGGUGCGGCUCGAAGGACACGCGUGACAUCAUCCUGCCCACCUAUGACAUCACACACUCCACCUUGGAGACGAUGAGGGGCGUGUCCAAUGACCUGCUGUCUGUACAGGGAAAUACAGGUCCUGUGUGGGGGAAUAAAACGGAGCGAGCGUUUUUCCGAGGCAGGGACAGUCGUGAGGAACGAUUAAACCUUGUCACCAUGUCCAAGAAAAAUCCCGAGCUGCUGGACGCCGGGAUCACGGCUUUCUUCUUCUUUCGCGAACGAGAGAAAGAUCUCGGUAAAGCACCGCUGGUCGGAUUCUUCGACUUCUUUAAGUAUAAAUACCAGGUGAACGUGGACGGGACCGUAGCUGCGUACAGGUUUCCGUACCUGAUGUUGGGGAACAGUGUGGUAAUGAAGCAGGACUCUUCGUAUUACGAACACUUUUACACACACCUGAGGCCCGGGCGCCAUUACUUACAGCUAAAGAGAGAUCUGUCUGAUUUGAUCGAGAAAAUCCAGUGGGCAAAGGAGAAUGAUGGUGAAGUGGAGGCUGUAGCGAGGGCGGGGCAGGCGUUGGUCAGAGAACUGCUCCAACCUCACAGACUCUACUGUUACUACUACAUGGUGCUAAAGUCAUAUGCAGAUCGACAGGUGGAUAAACCUGCUGUUCAACCCGAUAUGGAGAGAGUGAGACAGCCGUCUGACCACAGCGCAGCAUGCGACUGUCGCAGGAGGACACGGGAACGGCCGAGCGAUGAGCUCUGACAGAUCUGACUGAGGAGGAGCGUAAUCAUCGGCGUUAGAGCUCUCCUCUGAGAGCGAGAGUUCCUGCAGAGAACCUUUCCACCUGCCACACCCACCUUCUUCCUCUCAGGCCUUCAGAUACCGUUACAUCUGGUCCACUGUGGCUGAGUCCCAAACCGCACGCUAUGUUUACUGCGUAGGCUGCAGAAACACCUUCACCUGGAGCUGGGGCAGAGGAACCUCGGCUGUGUCUCAUUCAGCAGUGAAGCACUCGGGCAGUGCUGCCUGGAAUAUAGGGACCUCUUCCUUUUACUGUUCCGUAUGUGUGAUUACAGUGGGUAAAUCAUGUCAUAAUUUUAUAUGACUGACAGACACACAAAUUUGCGCGUGCGCGCACACACACACACACACACACACACACUCACACACACUCACAGUAAUUAUAUUUUGUAAGUGAAGAUGCUUUUAGUGUGUAUCAUAUUUUCUCAAAGAGAAACCAAGCCUGGCUUUUAAGCUGAUUGUCCUGUACUGUAACAACUGCAACAUCAGCAAAGUGUGUGGGGUGGAAAUGCUUUUACAUUUAUUGUUUACAUUUCACAACAGAGCUGCUGAGAUGCAGUUAUUAGUCACUUUGGAUCUGCCAUCGGAAUAAAAUGACUUUCAUUUCA